AUGAGACACACCAUUGCCCAAGUGUUGCCUCACAGAGACCCAGCUCUAGUCUUCAAAGAUUUGAAUGAGGUGUCAAUGUUGCAGGAGUUUUGGGAAGGCAAGCAGCAACAGAGGGCUGCAUUCCCCAGUGAAGGCCUGGUGGUGUACGAGUCCCUUCCAUCUCCUGGGCCACCCUUUGUGAGUUAUGUGGCCCUUCCAGGGGGAAGCUGUUUUGGCAACUUUCAGUGCUGCUUAAGUAGAGCUGAAGCCAGACAGGAUGCAGCUAAAGUGGCCCUAAUCAACUCCCUCUUGAAUGAGCUUCCCUCUCGAAGGAUCACCAAGGAAUUCAUUAUGGAGAGCGUGCAGGAAGCAGUCGCCUCCACUAGCGGCACCCUGGAUGACGCGGAUGACCCCAGCACCAGCGUCGGAGCCUACCACUACAUGUUGGAGUCGAACAUGGGGAAGACCAUGCUGGGAUUUCAGGAGCUGAUGACCAUUUUCCAACUGUUACACUGGAAUGGAAGCCUGAAGGCCCUGCGUGAAACAAAGUGUUCCCGACAGGAAGUCAUCUCCUACUAUUCCCAGUACUCCCUGGAUGAAAAGAUGCACAGCCACAUGGCCCUGGACUGGAUCAUGAAGGAGCAGGAGACCCCAGGAAUUCUCUCUCAAGAGCUACGAAUGGCCCUGAGGGAGUUGGAGGAAGCCAGGAAAGCAGGACAAGAACUACGGUUUUACAAAGAAAAGAAAGAAAUCCUGAGUUUAGCCCUGACUCAGAUCUACAGCAAUCCUGAUACUUCCUCACCCAGUGAUGACCAGCUGAGCCUCACUGCCCUUUGUGGCUAUCACUAGCCAGGCCAGGUUCCAACUCCUCCAGAGGAUGGCAGAGCCCACACUAACAUUAGGAAGCUCACUAAAGGAGAGAUUAUGGGAGGCUUUAGCACCUACAGCUAGUACCUGAAGGUGGUACUAAUUCUCCCUGCCCAUUUCAUUCACAGAAUCUGGCAGCAGUAAGACCUUCAUAUAUGGGACCCAACCUCCCACUCAAUGCUGGUUUGUUUUUUUUUUUCCCAUCACACUCCCAAUAGUUCUACCUCAAAAUGAAAGGAUGGAGGCAGGAUGGCUUGAAAAAUAUUUUCCAGGUUCAGCUCCAGCCUAAGGCCCAGUUGACAUGUGACCUGCUAGAUUAUAUAUGUUGUUUCAAAGAAUGGGCCAGGGCAGCAUCCCCCAAAAGAACAUCAGGCAGGAUUGGAGAAAAUAGCAUGAUAGCAAUUUUUAUUAAAUAAAAAACAUGGGUUGGGAUUAAAUAAAAACAUGGAUUGUUUGUUAAAGAUUCAAAGAUCAGAGUUUCUUCCUAAGCUUUGUAAACUAAGAGAGCUUACACUCUACUAGCUAUAAACCAAAUCUACAGUGAGAAUUUUAUGUGGACAUCCCACUAUCAGAGAUCUUGAAGUAAUAGCAUGAAAAUACUAAAAAAAAUCAAUGUGAUUUAAAAUGCUGUUGUGAUAAUAAUUUUUUUAAAUCCACACCCUUCCAUAUCACCUACAAUGGAUCCCUUAAAAAGAA